AUGUCUGAUUGGACAAGUCUGUGGUAUGUCUGGUUGAUCUUGCUGCUGGUGUUCCUGCUCCUGCUCUGUGGGGUCUCAGCGAGCUGCAUCAAAUUCUGCUGCCGCAAGAAGAGGCUUCCAGCAGAGACCUUCCCCCGGCACCCUUGUGACUUGGCAGUGAUUGGCUUUGACAGUGACAGCACCGCCCACAGCACAGUGACCUCAUACAGCUCAUGGCAGUACCCUCCAAGUGUCCAGAUUCCUUUGGUAUUUGUGGAUAUGGAUAAGAACACUGUGUCCCCUCCGGCUUACAGCCUCUAUGCCAUGGACCUGCCACCUUCCUAUGAUGAAGCUGUUCAAAUGGGAAAGCAAGUGGCAUGGACAAACCAGAAACUUAAUGACAUCCCAGAACAGGUGACACCAGGUGGGCUGAAUCCCAGCCAGUCCCCACCUGACACAACCAACAGAGAUCCAGCAACACAGGCAAAUUCAGAAGAUUCAGAAGAUGCCACAAAAGAACAGCCACAGGUCUGA